AUGGGUAAAGCAGUUAAAACUCGUAAAUUUGGUGCUGUCAAAAGAGUAAUUGGACAACGAGAUGCGCGUCUGAAGGAAAAUAAAGAUAAGGGAGAGGAAGGAGCCAAUAAGCCCACCGAAUUGGUUCGAGAAGCACCUCAAGUCUCAUCUGCCCUCUUCUUCCAAUACAACGAAGCCCUCGUCCCUCCAUACUCUAUCCUCGUCGAUACGAAUUUCCUCUCUCACACUGUUCAACGCAAACUUCCUCUUCUCGAAUCUCUAAUGGAUUGUCUCUACGCCAAAUGUAUUCCCAUCAUAACCUCAUGCGUCAUGGCCGAAUUAGAAAAACUUGGCCCAAGAUAUCGGAUCGCGCUGCGAAUUGCCCGUGAUGAGAGGUGGCAAAGAUUACAAUGCGACCAUAAGGGUGUCUAUGCAGAUGAUUGCAUUGUAGACAGAGUCCAAAAGCACAAGAUCUAUAUUGUGGCAACGAAUGAUCGGGAGUUGAAGAGAAGAGUUAGGAAGGUUCCUGGUGUACCGAUCAUGAGUGUGGCUAGGGGAAAGUAUGUUAUUGAGAGGUUGCCAGAUGCUCCAGAAAAGUAA